CAUUGGUAUAUUACCCACUUUCGGUUCUUCCUUUGUCGCGGCUGCGGACCCUGGCCAACACGUGCAUUCGGCGCAUUAAAGGAGCGAGCCACGAGUUCGAGUUGAUCUCGAACUUACCCUCCACAUUGUUCUCGCCACUCAUUUCGACCCGAGGUCCCCCUCAACAUGGCGGACAUUGCGACAAUCAAUUCACUGGCGGACCCCAUCGACGACUUCAGCGCGGACUAUGAGGUCGCGAACGUGAACAAGCAGCUUCGGCUGAUGCUGCAGUCCAACCAGGUCUCCUUUCAGUUCCUCAACCGCGACCCGUUCUUGUUGGACAGCGAGCACUGGAACCUGACGACCCCCACCGUCCGCAAGGCGAUCCGCUACCUCGAAGCGCUCGGCAACAUCCUCCUCCCCCACCUCAACCUCAGCUCGCCACUCAAGCCACUCAUGAUCCCCCACGUCCGCGGUAUCUGGAAACACCUCAUCGACUGGCUCGACUACCUGCACCCCAUGCACCACGUCGGCACCGAGCGCAUGGCGAACGUGCCCAUUUCCAUCCUCGCCUGCGCGUUCUUUGCGCUGUUCUCCAUGAAAGAGCAUCUAUACGACCUUUUCCGGGCGACGCCGCGCGUCUACCAGCUGAUGUUCGACUUCUGGGUGAAGGUGGACAAGUACUGCGACUACCCUCGCGCGCUCGACACGGAGAAGCGGCUCCAAUUCGCGCUCAUGGCGGUGCGGCCAGCCCUCCUCUCUCAAGGCGAGUCGGCGCAGAAUCCGAAAUUCUCGUCCAUUCCGUACGACACGGACCCCGUUGCGCAGAAAAUGGCUUUCUCGACAACGGGCUGCCAACCGCGCCGCUUCUACCGCAAAGCCUUCCGUCUCGCGGACAUCCUCGAACGCUCCAACCCGCCGAACACGCUCAUCAGCGGCCAGGCGCGUACCACAAUCGGCUCCGUGACGAACAACCAGUUCUCGCUGCUCGCGAUCAUGGUCGGUACGCUCCUCCCCACGUCCAGUGUCCCCCGCGACGCCGUCCUGUUGAUGGUCGACAUCCUCCGGCGCCUCGUCGCGCGCCCGCGCGCGCUCGAGUGCGCCGAGUCGGCCGCGCACAUUCUCUGGGGUAUCUGGCGCAUGGCGGGCGACCGGCGGUCGAUGAUGUGGGCGCUGAAGGCCAAAGCCUUCGAGACAAUCGUUGAGCUCACCCAGAAGCGGGACAGUCGGCCGCUGAAGAUGCUGCGCGACUGGCUCAUGAUCCAGGGCAUGUAUAUCCGGGUCCUCCGCGCUAUCAGCCCGCGCGGAUUUACCAUCGCGAGCUCGAUCCCCAAGGUCUCGCAGUGGUAUAGCCACAGAGAUCUCAUGAUGCGGUUGAACUUUGAUAGGUUGUGUUCUCGAUAUAGGGCGGACCCUCAAUGCCGUAACCAAGGCCCUUCUACACGCCGCUGCAUUUGUCUGAGCACUUUGUACUGCUCGGAGAAAUGCCAGAAGGAGGACUGGCCUGCGCACAAGUCGCGUUGCAAGUCAAUACGCGCCGUCAACAACGAUGACGCUCUCCGCGAAAUUGGGCCCGAAAUCACCCCGCUCGACAUUCGUUUCCAGGUCCUCACCGCUCGUAUGCUCAUCCGAAACGAUUGCAAAGAAAUUGUCAAAGCGAUCCGGAAGAAAGAGAACAUGAACUCGCUCGAUUUUGUCAUCACGAUCAACUUCUGCGAAUUGCCGCCCGAGUUCAAACUCAUGACCUACAAGAGGGGCGCCCCCCUCACCAUGUCCGACCGAAUUCAGGCCAUUAUCUCAUUGACGCACCGUCUCACCGCCCACACACCGCCCCACGAACUCAGCGCCGCGAUCGAGCGACUUGGGCAUUGGCUUAGUACGGGUCAGGUCUGUUUCGCAGACCUGAACAUCGAUCCCUUCUUGUUGGACGGCAACCACUGGGACCUCCGUACACCGACGAUCUGCAAGGGCAUCCGCUGCCUGCAAGCACUAGGCAACAUGCUCCUCCCGGAACUCAACGAAGGCCGUGCGCCGCUACAACGACUGGUGGCAAACUACGUGCGCCCUCUCUGGCCUUCGAUCGUCACCUGGAUCGACUACGUUCACCCGAUUCACCGUCCUCGCGGCCAGAGGCGGGCCAAUUGCCCCUUCAACGCCCUCGCAUGCAUUUUCUACGGCAUCUUUUCGAUCAACCACCUGUUGCGCGACCUCCUAGAUAAAACACCGCGGCUCUACCAGCUUCUCUUCGAUCUUUGGAUCAACCUCGAUCGCUAUUGUACCUUGCCAAGGGCAUUGAUUACGGAGAGAAGGCUAUCCUUGCUCUUCAUGACCAUGCAACCUGCUCUCCAUCCUGACACCGUGCCACCGGUCUGGGACAAGGCGGGCUUCAAGUCAUUCGAGAUAACAGGGUUCGACGAGGUCGCCAAGGAAGCAAUACUCUGGCCCGUCAAGCAACGGCCGCAUCUCUUCUUUCAACGGGUCAUGCGCGUGCUCGAACUGUCCGUGGGCGCCCUCCUUCCGAAUGCCGACACCUGGACAGGGUUCGGCCGCAUCUACGUCGACCAACUCGUCCUGGUGGGCGACUUAGCCAAGGACGAUAUACGCACGCCCUCCCACACUCGCAAGACCGUGCGCUCGGCCGUCUCGAUCCUCCGCCACCUGAUAGCCAACGUCGACGAGACGGACUUCCCCGAAGCUCUCUUCUCCAUCCUCAAGGCGAUCUGGAAGUCUGCCGAGGACCAUCGGCCGCUGCUUUGGGCGCUGCGCGCGGGGGCGUUUGAGAUGUUCCUUGCGUUCCAGACGAAGCGCCAGACGACCUUUGUGCGCGACCUCGGGAUCUGGCUCAUGCAGCAGGGUAUUGCACGCGUCAGGUCUCCUCUGAGAAGCAACUUCGCCGUUGCGCCUGCAUACUUCGCCAAUAUUGCUCGACUGAAUGCCAAAAAGAGGACUGGCCGUCGCACCGCCCGCGGUGCAGCUCCAUGCGCGCCGUCCAUAACGAAUCUCACCGUCCUCCAACCAGACUUCGUCGAAGAACUUCACACUCACGCAAUCUCCCGCCUCGACGUGUGCUUCCAAGUCGUCUGCGCGCGCGCCUUCCUCCGCAACAACACCGCAAAGCUCAUCUCCGACCUGCGCGCCGCGCGCUGCCGCAACGGGUUCUACUACGACGUCCGCGUCGACCUCACCAGCGUGCCCCCGCGCCUCAGCAUCAUCCAAGAGACCCUGUCGGGCAAUAUGGGGUCCCCCGUGCUCGUCAUCACGGCCUAUAUUCCGACGAUGGCCCACGACGACGACGUGAAGAACCCUCCGAUGAUCGCUGUCGGCAUGUUUCCUGUCGAGUGCGUGCUCCGGGGCUUCGUCCCCGUCGAUGACGGCUGGGUGAGUCCGAAGGGGGAGUGGUUCGGCGACAACUGGGAUAGAUCAGAGACGUUUGGGCUAUGGGAACGUGCGCGUUCCGCAUAA